AUGGCAGGCACCGACAAUAAAACCGGGCGCUUAGCCAUCAAAUUCGAGCACCUACUACGCGGCGACGGCGCGUUAGUGGGUGGAAAGAACUCGUCGCUAGGCGAAAUGAUCCAGGCCCUCGUGUCCAAGGGCGUCGCCGUCCCCUCCGGAUUCGCCACAACCUCCCAGGCCUACUGGCUCUACGUCGACCACAACCAGCUGCGCGAAAAGAUUGCCACGCUCACGGCGGAAUGGCAGCAGGGUCACCUCACAUUGGCCGAGACGGGUCAGACCGUGCGUCGUCUAUUUCUCCGCGGAACGUGGCCUCCCGAUGUAGAAGAGGCCAUUCGCGCGGGAUACCGCGAACUAUCGGCGACGGCCGGCGUCAAGGACCUCAGCGUGGCGGUGCGGUCGAGCGCGACGGCGGAAGACUUGCCCGAUGCCAGUUUCGCCGGACAACAGGAGAGUUUCCUCAACAUCACGGGCGAGGGCCCUCUUCUAGACGCGUGUCGACGGUGUUACGCCUCGCUCUUCACGGAUCGGGCCAUCAGCUACCGCCAGACCAAGGGGUUCGACCAUACGAGCGUGGCACUGUCCAUCGGUAUCCAGCGCAUGGUGCGCUCCGACGCCGCGGGCUCCGGAGUCAUGUUCUCCAUCGACACGGAGAGCGGCUUCGACAAAGUCGUGCUUAUCAAUGCCGCGUGGGGCCUGGGCGAGAACGUCGUGCAGGGCGCCGUGAACCCGGACGAGUACCAGGUGUUCAAGCCGCUGCUCGGAGACACGAGCCUCGUCCCGAUCCUGGAGAAGAAGCUUGGCGACAAGCAGAUCAAGAUGGUCUACGGCACCAAGGAUAUGCCCACGCGAAAUGUGCCGACAUCCAAAGCCGAACGAGCCACGUUUGUCCUCAGCGACCAAGAAAUCUUGCAACUUGGGCGCUGGGCAUGCACGAUCGAGGAUCACUACAAAUGUCCGAUGGACAUGGAGUGGGCCAAAGACGGCAUCACCGGCGAGCUGUUCAUCGUCCAGGCCCGUCCCGAGACGGUCCACUCUCGCCGCGAUGCCGCCCUCAUGAAGACGUACAAGGUCGCCAACAAAGGUCGUGUCCUGAUCAAGGGCCUAUCCAUCGGCGAUGCGGCGGUGUCCGGAAGACUCUGCCUCAUCACUUCGGCAAAGGAUAUCGACAAAUUCGUGGACAACUCGAUCCUGGUCACGGAGACGACAGACCCCGAUUGGGUGCCCGUGAUGAAGCGCGCCGCCGCCAUCAUCACCGACCAAGGCGGGCGCACGUCUCACGCGGCCAUCGUGAGUCGAGAGCUGGGACUCCCCGCCAUCGUGGGAACCGGAAACGCCACCUAUCUCCUCCACAGCGGCCAGGAUGUCACCGUCUCCUGCGCCGAAGGUACCACGGGCUAUGUCUACGACGGCAUCUCCGACAUCACCACGCAGACGGUCGACCUCACGGGCCUACCCGAAGUGCGCACCAAGGUGAUGCUCAACCUCGCCAACCCCGAGACUGCGUUCCGAUGGUGGAGGCUGCCGGUGGACGGGAUUGGCCUCGCGCGCAUGGAGUUCGUCGUGAGCAACGCCAUCCAGGUCCACCCCAUGGCGCUCGUACGCUACGAUACGCUCAAGGACGACAAGGCCAAGGAGGAGAUCCAAAGCUGA